ACCGUGGACUAGGGUUUUCGCUCUUCCCUCCAACCAAAGAAACACCCGUCGCCGCCUGCGCUGUUGUCGCCAUGGGUCGCAUGCACAGCCGCGGAAAGGGUAUCUCCUCGUCGGCGCUGCCGUACAAGAGGACGCCACCGAGCUGGCUUAAGAUCUCCGCAGCGGAUGUUGAGGAAAACAUCUGCAAGUUUGCGAAGAAGGGACUGUCGCCGUCGCAGAUUGGUGUUAUUCUUCGUGACUCGCACGGUAUCGCCCUGGUCAAGAGCGUCACCGGGAGCAAGAUCCUUAGGAUCCUCAAGGCUCAUGGGCUUCAACCGGGGUUACCAGAGGAUCUGUACCACCUGAUUAAAAAAGCAGUAGCCAUCAGGAAGCACUUGGAGAGGAGCAGGAAAGACAAGGACUCCAAAUUCAGGUUGAUCCUGGUGGAGAGCAGGAUCCAUCGCUUGGCUCGGUACUACAAGAGGACCAAGAAGGUCGAAUCUACCUGGAAAUAUGAUGCCAGCAUUGCCAGCACUAUGGUGUCUUAGGAUUAUGCUUACCGUAAGCAAUCUGGUUCUUUGAUUAGCUUGAAGACUUCAUUUGUUAGAGCGGGGCCUUUAUAAUUUUCAAGAGAGGACAAACUUUUUUUAUUGAAUUAUCAAAUUUGUGUCAGCUGGACGUGUUAGACGUUUAGCAUCCUGUUUUAUUGAACUUGUGGCAUCAGAAUGUGCUCAAGAUAUGAUAUUUUCUAUGUUCUUUAGCAGGCAAGCGUAGAUUAAGCGUGUGUGAACUACAGUGUUUCUUGUUUGGAGAUCACAAGCUUGGAUUUAGCAUGGAGCAGAGAGUCAGUUUGCUAUAUGUUGGCAUGAGUUGAUGCUUUAAACUAUCGUAACGAAUGGCUAGAAUUUUGGUUA